GACAUUAUGUUGAAGGUUUUCUUAUGAAGAAUAAAGCUUAUUACUGUUUCUGCAAUAAUGAAUGCCAGCAUAUCUUCAAAUCUAAGUUUUGAGCCCUCUGCACUCCAUGUGGAUUUAGAAGGUAUCCCAAAAUCUGGACUGUCAAGAGCAGGACAUACAGUGGUAGCUAUAUUUCUUGGAAUUAUUCUCAUAUUUGGAUUCUUGAACAAUUCAGUUGUGCUUAUACUAUUUUGCAAGUUCAAAGCACUACGAACUCCUGUUAAUAUGAUGCUUUUAAAUAUUAGUGUAAGUGAUCUGUUAGUCUGUGUCUCUGGCACUACUCUGAGCUUUGCAUCCAAUAUUCAUGGAAGAUGGCUAGGAGGAGACUACGGAUGUGGAUGGUAUGGCUUUGUCAAUUCCUGCUUUGGAAUCGUAUCACUUAUUUCAUUGGCUAUUCUAUCCUAUGAACGGUAUAGCACCUUGACAGUGUGCAGACAACAAACACCUAGUUACCAGAAAGCACUGUUGGCUGUUGGUUUCUCGUGGUUCUACUCACUAAUCUGGACACUACCACCACUUGUAGGCUGGAGUAGUUACAGACCAGAGGGAGCAGGAACAAGCUGCUCAGUAAACUGGAGCUCUAAGACAGCAACAUCUGUGUCCUACAUCAUCUGCCUCUUCAUCUUCUGUCUCAUCAUCCCAGUGUCAGUUAUGGUCUACUGCUAUGGACGGCUUCUCUAUUCUGUAAGACAGGUUGGAAGAAUCCGCAGGAAUGCCACUCGGAAAAGAGAAUUCCAUGUCCUUAUCAUGGUAAUUACAACUGUGAUCUGCUAUCUGCUUUGUUGGAUGCCAUAUGGAGUAGUGGCUCUGCUUGCAACAUUUGGAAAGUCAGGCAUAGUUUCACCUGUAGCAAGUGUUGUUCCCUCUAUCCUGGCAAAGAGCAGCACUGUGUACAACCCUAUUAUCUACAUACUCAUGAAUAAACAGGUAAGGCUUCUAUCAAAGCAGAAAUGUCACUCUAAAUUCCAAGAAAACCAGCAACAUAGUGGCCACUCUAGGAAAAGAAAUAUAAUGCAUGACAUUUUUAUACUGCAAGACAAACAUCAAAACAUCACUGCAAAAUGA